AGCACAAUUCCUCUGCUAAAGAAGACUGCUGCUUCAAUCAAUGCGACAGAAAGGACAUACUCAAGACGUAAGCGACAGCAUAUGAACAGCUUACAAACAAUUUGCAGAGUGCGAUUCUAAAAUAGUUAUUUAGCUAAUGUACUAUAUAAUUGUAGUGCUGCUAUUUAAAUGCGCUUUGUACAGAUGGUGGUAAUUACAGUUGACACAUUGGAGUGUGCUUUUGAAGCCAUUAGACUCGUUACCACAGUAAGCUGACAGGCGUUAAAAUUUGCAAUUUUUUACGCACCAGUAAUGAGCAGUUUUAAAGAAGACUCAUCUCGGAACUCUCCAUCACAGAGUAAGGAGAGUAAUGUCAGUCACUGCGACUGGAGUAUAACAAAUGAUGCAUUUGCGUCCUGUUACAAUGAACCUAGGCGCGAGGACAUACAGGGGGGGAUGGAUUCGGUGCAGUCAGGCUUGGAUAGACAUUUGCCACUGCUUCAUGGCCGAACUGGGCUAUCCCAGGACAGCAUGCUGUUAGGCCUUGUGGAAGAUGCUUACUCAGACUACCAUGGGUGUCUCGGAUCUGACCCAGGAUCAGACUAUCUUGACAUCACUACCGAGCCAAACUACAGUGAAAGUGACCAUAAUGUCACAACAAAGAAGCGCAACCGCUCCAGCAGCUCCAGGCACCGCGGUGAAGCUGUGACAGAGCUUGGACCAGAGGAGGUGCGAUGGUUCUAUAAAGAGGACAAAAGAACCUGGAAACCCUUUGUUGGACACGAUUCUCUGAACAUUGAGCUGUCUUACCGAAAAUUUUGCGACCUUAAUCUAAAUAAGGUCAACUGCCAGGAUCCCAGCAAGUCAGAGGUGGUAUGUGAUUUGGCAUCGGAGUGUAAGGCAUCAGGACAGAGAGAAUCAGAGGCGCUAAGCAUUCAGAAGGUGCCAGCAGUUACAGCAAGCGAGGAGGCAGCAUGCCGAGCAUGCGAGAGGGACCUGGAUUCAAUAAGCAUCAGCGUGGAGGCGGUGUGUGUCCGAGGUGGAUUGUAUGAGGUGGAUGUCAAAGAAAAGGAGUGUUAUCCAGUGUACUGGAACCAGCAGGAUGGGAUACCAGUGAUGAGAGGGCAGUGGUUUACUGAUGGUACUUGGUUGCCUCUGGAAGAGGAGGACAGUGACCUCAUUGAACUAGAGCACUUGGCUUGUUUCCGGGGCCACCAGAUUGAAGAUUCUUUUGAAACUGAAGCAGCAAUACCUGCAGUAGAAAGUAAGGAUGUCAUUCACAGCCUGAAGCUAAGUCGCAGUCACGUUGAUUGGCACAGCGUAGAUGAGGUCUACCUGUACAGUGAUGCCACCACCUCCAAGAUUGCCCGCACUGUCACACAGAAACUUGGGUUUUCCAAAGCAUCCAGCAGUGGAACCCGCCUUCAUCGGGGCUAUGUAGAGGAGGCAGCGCCAGAAGACACGCCCCCUGCGGCUACCCACAUUGUAUUUGUAGUGCAUGGCAUUGGACAGAAGAUGGACCAGGGGCGUAUUAUCAGAAAUACAAGCAUGAUGCGUGAUGCUGCCAGAAAGAUGGAGGAAAAACAUUUCUGUGACAGAUCUUUGGAACAUGUGGAGUUUCUUCCAGUGGAGUGGAGAUCUAAACUCAGUCUGGAUGGAGAUACUGUGGACUCUAUUACACCGGAUAAGGUGCGGGGCCUCAGGGACAUGCUAAACAGCAGUGCCAUGGACAUCAUGUACUACACCAGCCCACUGUACCGGGACGAGAUUACCAAAGGUCUGACCAAGGAGCUUAAUCGGCUCUAUACGCUAUUCUGUUCAAGAAAUCCCGCAUUUGAAGAGAAUGGUAAAGUGUCCAUUGUUGCCCACUCACUGGGCUGUGUUAUCACCUUUGACAUCAUGACUGGUUGGGACCCUGUGCACUUUCAUUAUCAUGAAGCGCCUGAUGCCAUGGAAACAGACUUGCACCGGUGGGGAUAUGAGGAACCGCGACUGCUGGAGGAACUCCAUCAUACCCGCAUGAGGUUGAGCAGUUUGGAGGAUCAGCUUCAAGGCCUGAAGUCUUCAACCUCUAGUUCGUUUCCAGCUUUGAAAUUCAAGGUGGAGAACUUCUUCUGUAUGGGCUCUCCUCUGGCUGUGUUCUUGGCUCUGCGUGGUGUACGGCCUGGUACCAUGGGGACCCAAGACCACAUCCUUCCCCGUUCCAUCUGCCAGCAACUUUUCAAUAUCUUCCACCCUACAGAUCCUGUGGCCUACAGGCUUGAACCUCUUAUCCUAAAGCAUUAUAGUAACAUUGCACCUGUUCAGAUACACUGGUACAACACCAGCAAUCCAACUCCAUAUGAUCAAAUUCCACCCACACUGCUCAACCCGCUAAAGGAAAGUGCAUCGGUGUCGGACAGCGAGAGCCUCCCAAGUCCCUGCACCUCCCCCCCUCAACCCCGCCGGCACUAUGGCGAAUCCAUCACCAGCCUUGGCAAGGCAAGCAUAAUGGGAGCAGCAAGCAUCGGUAAAGGCAUUGGUGGAAUACUCUUUUCCCGCUUUGCUCGUUCAAGUGGGCAGGUUGCUGGAUUAGAGGAGGAGCCCUCAGACUCUGAGGGUGGGGCAUGUGAAACAGAAAGCGGGGCUAUAGGAGAGGAUGGAGGAGCUGCUGAAGCAGAGGAAAAGACAGAGGAGAAACAAGAGGAAAGGAGGGAGGGAGAAGCCAGCAUGUCGCAAUCAACCUCUGCCAUUAUGGACAGCUCCACCUCAGGGCUGCAUCAGCGAAUUGACUUUGAGCUGAGGGAGGGCCUCGUGGAGAGCCGUUAUUGGUCGGCUGUGACUUCGCACACUGCCUACUGGUGCUCCCCCGAUGUUGCUCUCUUCCUGCUGACAUUUAUGUACGGGCCUAGCAGCACAAAAGAGAGCACAGAGGACAACCCAGAAACAUAACACAACACACACACACACACACACACACACACACACCAAUGGGUGCUACACGUGAAUAUAUACACACACCCAACAUGCACCUGAAGUGGCUAUAUAAUUGUCUUAAUAGACCCAAGUCACUGUGCCACAGAGAACCUUUCCUUUGCCUUGACAUUUGGCAAACACUUUGAACAGUCUCUGUCCCUGGCCACUGAAUUUCAUUAUCUGGCCAGUAAUUCUAAUAGUGAGUGUUCUUCCAAAAAGCAAUGAACAAAUUACAGUGAAGAACACACUAAUUGCAGCCAAUUUAUGAUGGUCAUUUGUACUGUGUUUCCUAACAUUUCCGUUUAUCAUUGCGGCUGCGUAACGUUUGCAUCCUGCCAAAACUAGAUUGGAUCUUCACUCUGACCCCAACCAAUAGCUCUACAUUUUGGCCAUAUUUACAUAAAAUACUUUUAAAGCUUUUUCAUAGGUCCUUCCAUGUUUACACGUGUCUCAGCAAAACAAACAAACAAACAAACAAAGUUAAAACCUGACCGCUUUCAUUUUUAACUAACUGGAAUGCAAGGGUCCAAAAAUUGCUAAAUAAUGAGCUUUGAGUUCCUGUAUCUCAUGUGCUAAAGCUCCGUUGUAUUUGGACGCUGACACAGAGUAAUCAUGUAAACUAUUUGGAAAAUGAAUCUCUAACAAAA